CCCCUCCCUCCCACAGCACGGAGACUUUGUCACCUGAAACAGGAGACAAAGGUUCAUUCCCUGAUCAAGUGACUGAUCUGCUUGUAACCAGUAGCCCUACCCUGCAAGGUUUACCCGAGAGCUGCCUCCCGCAUGACCACAUCAGCACACCACUGGAGUGUUUUGAAGGAUCUGUGCCUUUGUUGGAUGUUGAGGUUCCAGAUAUCGACAGCAGCCUGAGCCUGUGCCCUGCCAGUCCUGCCUCUAUUAUCUGCACAGACGCUCCAUUAGAUGUAUCAACAGAGGAGUCAGAGGUGGUACAUGCAGAAGCUACUGUAACUGAAAAUCUCGCUUCAGAGCAACAAGGUGAGAAUGACUCACUUGCUCUGCAUUUGUCAGACGAAACUUCAUCACUGACACUGCCUCCAGCUGAAGAUGCUCUCAUCCAGGGUGAUUUCAGCAGUGAGAGUGUUUCUGUGGAGAAUGUGUCUAAGGAUCUGAUGGAAGAAGAAAUUUGCUCUGAAGCCACAAAUCAGGGGAAUAAGGAAAUGGCUUUGGAUCUGUGCCUGACUGUUGAAGAAGUCCGUGAUGAGGAAUCUUGGGACCUGAAACCACCAGAGGAUGUCCAGAACGGAGGUGUUUCUGACCUGACAGCCGAGCAGAGGGAAGAGGAGAGGACGACGGACACCAACCAGCUCGAAGUUUCAGAUUGUAACGAUGUAGCUUCUUUUGAUUUUUCGGUUCAGGACUUAAACACGUCUUCUCCUGAGGCUGGAUGGACUAGUGAGCAAGCUGUGGAGACACUUUCAAUCUCUAAGAUGGUGGUAGAUGACUCACUGCCGAUGGUCUCAGCUGUGAGUACGAGGGAGGAAGAUGUCUCCCCGCUAAAAGCUGUGUUCGAUGCUUUAGACCAAGAUGGAGAUGGCUUCGUUCGUAUCGAGGAGUUUAUGGAGUUCGCUGCUGCCUACGGGGCCGAUCAGGUGAAGGAUCUGACCAAAUUUUUGGAUCCCAGUGGCCUUGGAGUGAUCAGCUUUGAAGACUUCCACCGGGGAAUCUCUGCAAUUAGCAACGGAGGACCAGAGCCACAGCUCUACAAUGUAAACUACAGUCCAGGGGAUGGAGCUGUGGGCUGUCCAGAGGAGUACGACGAGCAAAAUGAGGUGACAGACAGUGCCUACCUGGGCUCCGAGAGCACUUACAGUGAGUGUGAGACCUUCACUGAUGAAGACACGGGGGCCCUCGUACCCCCAGAGAUGCAUGAGGAUGUGGAGACUGACAGCGGUAUCGAGGCGACGCUGCACGACCCUGAAGAUGGCGGAAAUAGGUUUUCUCUGAACUCCGAGCUCCAUAACCACUCCCUGGUGACGGUCAUCGGUGGAGAGGAGGAGCACUUUGAGGACUUUGGGGAGAGUAAUACCUCAGAGCUGCUGCUGGAGACCAGCGUGGACGGACCUGAGGGGGAGGGCGACUCACCUCUCACACAGCCCCCCGAGCAGGUCAAUGGGUCGGCACUGCUCUCUCCCAGCGCUGGCAAGAGGCUGUCCAGCAAGAAAGUCGCAAGACACCUCCUCCAGAACAGCUCGAUGACUCUGGACACCAUGAGUGACUUAACGCGGGACAUCCUGGAGCUCGCCGACAACGACAUCACAGACAAGGUGCUCCUCCUCGAGCGUCGAGUGGCGGAGCUUGAGAAGGAGUCUGAAGCAUCGGGGGAGCAGCACGCACGACUGCGCCAGGAGAACCUUCAGCUGGUGCAUCGGGCCAAUGCUUUGGAGGAGCAGCUGAAGGAGCAGGAGCUCUACGCCGACGAACAGCUACAGCAAGAGACUCGCCGUCACAAGGAGGCCAUGUCCAAGUUGGAGAGAGAGAGGGGGCUGGAGCUGGAAAACAUGCAGGCCAGGCUGCAGCAGCUGGACGAGGAGAACAGUGAGCUGAGGUCUUGCGUUCCUUGUCUGCGAGCAAACAUCGAGAGGCUAGAAGAGGAAAAGAGGAAGCUGCAGGAUGACACAGAAGGAAUGACCGACAGGCUUCAGGAUGAGACCGAAUCUCGCAGGAAGAUGGCCGACAAGCUGAGCCACGAGCGCCACCAGAGCCAGAAGGAGAAGGAGUGCACUCAGGAGCUGAUUGAAGAUCUGCGCAAACAACUCGAGCACCUGCAGCUGUACAAGUUGGAGGCUGAAGCAAAGAGAGGACGAACGCCCGGCGCCGGGUUACAGGAGUAUCAGACCCGCACACGGGAAGCCGAGUUGGAGCAGGAGAUCAAGCGACUCAAACAGGACAACCGUACUCUGAAGGAGCAGAACGACGAAUUGAACGGCCAGAUUAUCAACCUCAGCAUCCAGGGAGCCAAGAAUCUAAUGUCUGCCUCCUUCUCUGACUCCCUGGCAGCUGAGAUCAACUCUGUGUCUCGUGCAGAGCUGAUGGAGGCUAUUCACAAACAGGAGGAGAUCAACUACAGGCUCCAGGAUUACAUCGACAAAAUCAUCGUGGCCAUCAUGGAGUCCAACCCCUCCAUCCUGGAGGUCAAAUAGACGCCACAAAGCCAGAGGGCCACCCGCAGUCACUCCACGGGCUGUACAAUAUAUCGAAGACAUGGCUGAAAGACAACUACCAAGAGAGGAUGUAAAAAUAUUCAUUUUUGGUAGGAGAAAAAAAACAACAAUGACGCACUCACCUCCUCCCCAGAAAAGGAAAAAUUGAAGAUUUCUAAGAAGUCCAUGGCUGUCAGUGAAAAAUAAGCUGUUUUUCAUUUGGAUAUCCCUCGAGUCUGUGCUUUUUUUUUUUUUUUGUUCUUUUUGUGAGCGUAUGUGUUCGCCCUCCUGAAAACACUUGGGUUCUGGUGACUUCCAUGUAUUUGGCUAGAGGGACCUGAGUCUCCCCCUGUUGAGUGAAUGAAUGUGUAAAUGUGUGGUCAGUAUCAUAAAGAGUAGAAAACCUUCCUGUCCCUUUCCAAAAACAAAAAAAAAGUGUCAACGUUUGAUUGAGCUAAAAAAAAAAAAAAAAGAAACGAUCAGACAAUUUAUACCUAAAGGCCUUAAAUGAAAGGUGAUCAAAGUAUUCAUUAGCUACACCAUACAUGCCUCAGUUCAGGAUGGUGGCGGUAUGUGAGCUGAGAUCUCCCGCACCGCGCUGAUUCGCCGUAUGAAGCGCCGGUCAGGAGGGAGUCUUUUAACAUUUUAAGAGCUUGCGGUGCUGCCUACCAAGCCCUGUGUGUGUUCUGUCCUUUAACCAAGUUCAGCUGUCUUUCCAGUGAACCCAAGUGAGGGGACAUUUCUACUGGGUGGCCGAUGAGAAAUGCCUGGAGGGUUUCGUUUUGCCGUUUUGUGUGAGGUGUUCGACAUUCCUUCUGUUUUUUUUUUGCGCUUAAAGUUUUAAAGAAGGCGGAGGAGCAUCACAGUCAUUCCUGUGAGCUUCGAUGUCCCAAAUGAAGGAACUGGGCGGUUUAUAAUUUGCUUCGUCGUUUAUUUUUACAAUGAAACAGGGUCCUGGAGCUCAGAUGGGCUGGAAACCUCAAGUGGAAAAGACACUACAUUUCCCAUCACUCCCUGGCACAAGCAUUACAUAACUCCAACUGAAAAUACAGGCUGGAUAAUGACAACAUACAGAACUUGCUAAUACUGACAGUAAACUCCAAACACUUGAAUUAAGCUUGAAGGGAAACAGAUGAGUGAUAUCGGAAAUUGUAGUUUUAUUUUUUUACAGUACAGCCCGCCUGACUCCAGCGUUCUCUUGCUGAGUGAAAGUUGUAGGGAAGCUUCUUUCUUUUUUUUUCUACACAAGUGAUUUGUUGUCUGUUAUUGAGACUGAAACGCUGACGUUCAACAGCUCGUACGUGAAGAAUCAAAUGGUUGUAUUUUUGCACUACAUUUUGAUUUCAUUAUUGUUUUUGUUGAUAGAAGAAGAAAAUGUUUAUUGUGAAGGGAUCAAAUCAUAAAUUAAGAUCAUUUUGAAGCCUGUAUGAAGAUGACUACAGAUGUUUCAAAAAGAAAUAAGCAUCACAUAAUAGAAUUUAAUUGAAGAAUCCAACAGAACAUACUGCAGCCGUAUCUGAAGAUUAGUUGAAUUCUCAUUUACAUACUGUAUUUUUUCAGUCAUCAAGAGUUCAGAUGAGCUCCUCGCUGGCUGUGAGCCGGCUUUCUCUUGACCUGAUCUGCAUAUAUCAUUGAGGAGACGUGGCAGACCUUGGUAGCAAUAAUGCUUGGCAAGAAAGUGGACAUUGGUGGAGGGCAGAUUUUUUUUUUUAAAGAACUGCUCCGUAUCUCCUCUACUGAAGCAAUUUCUGCUGUUUGGCUGCGAAUCAGAAGUACAGCAAGCAGACGUAUGGACUGAUUGUGUGCUUAAUCGGUACUGUGCAGCCAUCUCUCUGGACGUUUCUUUUCCGACCUGGAUAACAGACAUUUGGAUUCACACACGGAUUUCUAUAACCGAAGUUGUGUGUGUGUGUGUGGGGGGGGAGGUUAUUUUUGUCCAAACAGCAUGGCGUUCUGCACCAGAAGAUAUUUUUCACCCCGUUCACCUCUAAAACAAAUCUCACUGCUCUCCUUCACCUGCCACUCCACAGGAAAAAAAAAAAUGGCCUUGGAUGUAAAUGACUUGUACAUGUAAAGUUUUUUCUACACUCACUCUAGAUUCUAGGUAUUUUUAUAGUCAGAAAAGAAAAGAGCAUUUCUUUUUCUCGUCUUAUGCUGAGAGACAGCUGCCUGUAUUCUUCUCUAGCAUGUAGCGUGUACAGUAUCUGUUGGGAUUUUUUCUUUUUUUUUCUUUUUCUGUUUUCCUCUCGUUUAAAAUCACGCGCAGAUAUUUAUUCAACUCACAACUCUGUGAUCUGUUCUGCUGAAGAUAUGUUUGUACAUUUUCGCGAGGGGAGAUGAAUCUGUGGGAGAAUUUAUUGAUUUAAGGGAAAAGUUUUAAAAGGAAAAGCUAUAUUGUCGUUUUUUUGGGGGGUGCGAGUCGCCGUCGUGUGCAAAAAGAAAAAGAAAAAAAAAAAAAACUUGAAUGUGACCUGGUCGUUUGUGGAGGUCUGUGCACUCUUCCAAUAACGCUGAUGUUGCUUUGACCUCUACGGGGUUGUGAUUUCGAGACGGCAGAGGCGGCAGUUUCUGCUGUUGUCUUCCCAGAUGGAGUCAGGUACUGCAUGGAAACACAGAUUUCUUCUUGUAUAUUUCUGAUUCACUUAUUUGACGGACAAAUCAUACGCUAUAACAUCCGUCAGUGGAGUUGUAGGUUGUGAGACCUCGUGAUGACACCUUAAACCUCAUAUCCGGGCUUGCUGAGUUCAGCUUUUCUGCCUUUUAGCGUGACUGGAGGUUUCCCCCCCUCCCCCGUACAGAUUUAUUUCUCUAUAACGACCAAUCACUUACGACAGGGUGACACCUGAACACGACCCUUAAUUCUCUCCUCGAUUCAUAUUUUUAUCGUCUGCUUCUGACAGAUAGUUUGAGGAUCGGCAACAGUAUGAUUAGACAGCGAGACCACAGAGCUGAUUACAAAAAAGAAACAUUUGCACUUUAACCGGAUCUAAUUUCUCCAUUUUAACACCUGUUUUUAAAAAUGACCAAAGAUAGAUGUUUGAACCGAUCGCUUUAUCUAUCAGGGUCCGUGAUCACACUUUUUUGGGAACACUUGCCUCUUCUUAUAAAUCACAAAUCAACAGCUUGUCCUGGAAGACAGAGUAAGAACUGGCCUGCUAGUCUAAACACUGUGCCUCUGUGUCUCAAACUUUGCCUCUAAACUAAACCUGAUAAUGAGCCCUGGGGAAAGCACUGACCACGUGACUGUCAGUUUGUUAAAUUAUAUUGAUGAAACCUAAACUGUAAAUAUGAAUUGUCUUUUUUUUUUUUUUUUUUUUGUGGACUAUUUUUUUCUUUUCUUUUUUCCUCUCACGCUCACUUCCAGUGUCCAAAGAAAGUUUGCUCAAGGCACAAACAUCACUACUGGAGUAGUGCAUGGCUUGCCGUCACGUGACAUGGGAAGAUUUAAAAAGAGAAUAUUGUAGAAAAGAGAAACUGUAAAACUUAAAUUUAUUCCUAUUUUCAAAGAUAAAUGUAUAAAUUAUAACAGUAUUGGUUACAGCUGUAUAUUAUUUUUGAAGAUCCCCGAAAUGAUCUAAUCCUAAUUGUUGCUGGGGAAACAUAAUUUCAGUCAUUGUAAAAAGAGAAAAUUUAAAGGUAAGCAGUGAAAGUAAGAUUAGAAAAAUAAAUGGAAUAAAAGGA